AUGUUGAACCCCGUUCUAUUCCUGGCAUUGAGUGCUGUUGCUCAAGCACACACAGUCGCUUGGGUCAAAGGCAUGUACUGCCUAGGAGGUCCCAACCUUUCGGCAGACAACGCGAAUACAAACACAGCCGUGGCUCCCCUAUACAAUCUUACCCAAGAAGAAUGGUGGUUCCAACACGAUCGCGGCUGUGACGGAGCACCUCCAGCGCAUGGCGACAUUCUGCAACUUCCAGCUGGAGGAACUUUCACGGUGGAACUUGCACACAACCGGGCGCAGACUACACUUUCAUACGAUGGAAAGUAUACCUCUGAAUGGCCGGACGGGAAAGAGCACCCCGAAGACUGGGCUGGUCCUGGAAGCCCUGCCGACUGCAUUCAGGAUGAUGGAGCAAUGCACACCAACAACCAAUCCAUGGCCGCUGGCACUGCGUUUGCCAUCAGCUAUCAGUCUGACCUGGCUGCGGUCACGAUGGAGAACUUGGCUGUGUUUACAGUUCUGGAGCAGUAA